AUGGCGCUCGCGUUGCGUCAUGCUUCGCUCUUGAAACCAGAGAUACGAUUAGCCCAAGCAGUCUCGGAGUUCGAAGCUUCGCUUGACUCCCCACAAAAGGCAUCUUUCAGGAAUGAGCGCUCUACAGCAUGCACCAAGUCCCCAACCGAGGGCGAUGUGAUGCGUUUCACGGCUGAAAUUGACCGUCAAGCUCGUCAGAAGCGGCUGUCCUCCCGAUGCUUUGGGCCUCGUCUGACGAAUUUACUCCAGUCAGUUCAACAAUUUGCUGCUUUAGGCGACGUCGUGGUAGGCGGAUCCCAGAAUCUUGUCGCUUGCGGGGUAUGGGCAGCAGUCAGGAUGACCUUACAUCGAGUUCAGUCUUUCGCCCGGAAAUCAGCCUUUGGCCAAUUGACAACUUCCCUCAACGACUCAGACAUCAAAAAUUUCCAGUCUGAUCUUGUCCUAUGGUCCACGGCAAUCAAAGAGGAGGUCGAUUUGUUGCUCAACAAGCAUCAUGAAAAUGAGGCCCAUUUGAGCGCGAAAGCACGAGCAUUAGCAACUCGCUGGUCGGCCUCUAUAGCACACCGAUAUGACGUCGAAAAGAAGUCAAAGUGGCUUGAUUCUUGCUCUACCUACGAUUUCCAGACAACUUGGAAGCAAAUGCAAAAAAUUGGUUCAACUUCAUUGCUCGCAAGAUCUAGCGAGUAA